AAGAGGUCCUCCCUCACUCACUUUCCCUCUUACUCUCAGACAGCGAGAAGAUAGAGGAGAGGGAAAUAUCGUUGCUUGUCUUUUGGACUGGAAACAAAGAAAACUGCUGCUCCAUUAUCAAUUGAGAUCCAAACCCACUUCCCCCUUUUUUUUCCUCCUCUUUAACUUUUGAUUCAAUCAUUUCCGCUCUUUCAUCUCUCUCGCUCAGAUUUGAUUAACUUGCAGAACUGACAAAAGGACACUUGGGCCAUCUAUUUCAGCCUUUUUCUAAGGAUUCUCAUGUUUUGUUUGCUGGUGGUAAUAUGCACUGAGGAAUGGGGGAGUGAUGGCAGUUGCAGAAGCAAGGGCUGCUUGGCAGAGAACGGUUAAUCGCUGCUUGGUCCAAGAAGAUGCUAAACGAGCUCCUAAAUUAGCUUACUGCCCACUAGCGUCACCCUUUGUCAGAGAGGUUGAAGUGGGACCUGCAAAUGCUGUUGAGGCACAGGACAUUUCCAGUGUAGCUUUCCCCCCUUUCAAUCGGAGCACUUCAUUUUCUAAUUUGUCGCCAAACUCAAAAUGGUGGCUGCAGCUUCCAUCAAAUUAUUGGCAUCAAAGGGGUUUAACAGAUGAACAAUUAAACUGCACAGAUUCAGAAAUGGAAACUUUCCAUGGUCGUACAAGCUCAGCCCUUAAAAUGCCAGAAAGUGAGGAUGGCAGUGCAUUGUUUUAUGACUCGAUAGAGACUGAAUCUUUUGUUGAUUCUGAUUUAAGAAUCCUUAGCACUGGUCUAAAGAAGGAUACUGAAGUCGGAGACAAGGACUUGACACCUAUGAAUAAGCUGAAUCCCCAAUGUUCUCCUAAGCUUGAGGAUGUAGGGGAUUUGUAUGAAAGAGCAGAGAUAGGUACAUAUGGUUGUACAGUUUCCAAGAAAAAAAAUGAACUGUUUCCUGAUUCUGAAUCGCCUUGGAUUGGAGAUGAGAAAAUUGGGCCAUGGUGGCGCACAGCUGACCAAGAUGAACUGGCUUUAUUGGUUUCACGGGGGUCUUUUGGACUUAUUGAAAAUUGUGAUCUUCCCCAGCCUCAGAACACGUGUGUUGAGAGGGAAGCUUUUGUUGAUCUAUGCUGUUUUGAUCAUGAUAGGGCUUGUAUCUCUCCUACAGAUCCAAAACAUCCUGGAUGUCAUCAUGAUUUAAUUGUCCAUAAGCAGAGUAGCAUUGCAUCGCAAAGUGAUUGUCAAAAACAGCGGUUGUCAGUUGAUGAACAAUUGCAGUGUUCUACUAUUACAUCAUUAAGAGAUAGCUCAAAUCAAGAUGCUAUACUUAGAAGCAUUGCAUCUGAUAGCGAUUCCAGUAAGGCUCAACUACUGGAAGCUCUGCGCCAUUCUCAAACACGUGCAAGAGAAGCUGAGAAGGCUGCAAAGCAAGCAUAUGCAGAGAAAGAGCAUGUAGUCAAGCUUGUUUUCAAACAGGCAUCUCAACUAUUUGCUUACAAGCAGUGGUUUCAACUUAUGCAACUAGAGAAUCUCUGCUAUCAGAUUAAAAACAACAAAGGCCAGCCAAUUUCAACUCUUUUUCCUGUCAUGUUGCCCUGGGUGCCUCAGAAGACCAGAAAAUUGCGGAAGAAUUGGCAGAAAGCCGCCAGGGGAAAAAGGGCCAAGAGGGGACGUCCUAGAAGUGACAUAAGCAGAUAUGCAGUAGUUUUUGCAUUAGGAUUGAGUCUUGUUGGUGCUGGUUUACUCUUGGGAUGGACUGUUGGGUGGAUGUUACCGACAUUUUGAGUAUACGGGGUGGUGUGGUAUAUCCAAUUUUUCCUUCUUGGUGAGUCAAUGUGAUGAUUGGUUUACGCUAGGGUUGAUUGCAUGACAUUUCACCUCCUGCUGUAUCUAUCCAUGUAUUUAGGGUACUCAUCUUUAGCUUUGAUGAACUCUUGCAGAGUUUGUGCACGUGAAUUGAUGGAUGUUCCGUGUAUAUAUGUAUAGAUGAGCAUAUUCUGCCUUGUCA